UGUCCUUCCGCUCGGCCCCGGAAGUGGGGCGUCGGGAGCGGCCGUUGCCAUGGAGUCCGCGGAGGACUGGCUGGUGGAGUCCUUGCGUUUGUACCAGGAUUUCCAUGCAUUCGACCUGUCGGGAGCCACUCGAGUCCUUGAAUGGAUUGGGAACAAAGGAGUCUUUGUUGCUGGCUAUGAAAGCCUGAAAAAAAACGAGAUUCUUCAUCUCGUAUUGCCUCACCGACUUUCUGUAAAGGAAAACCAGGGCUUAUUCCCGGAAAGAGACUUUAAAGUGUGCCAUGGAGGGUUUUCAGACAGGUGUGUUUUUGCUCUAAAGCACGUGCCAGAUACCAGGUUGCUGGUGACCAGUGGCCUUCCGGGCUGUUACCUGGAGGUGUGGCAAGUCUCAGAGGACAGUGAUGUCAUCCAGGUUGUCAGCACCGUUGCUGUGCAGGAGGCAGAGGGCAGCCUCUGGCCUCGGGUGGCCAUCUUCGCCUCCACGGCUCCCGGGAUCCUCCACGGCAGGAGGCUCAGUGACCUGCAGAUCGUGGAUCUGGAGUCGCAGAAGACCACGUACGCCUCAGGUGUCAGUGACCGCGAGGAGCUGAGUAGCCUGCAGGUCCUGGAUGGAGACACCUUUGCUUUCUGCUGCACCUCGGGCCGCCUGGGGCUCGUUGACACCCGCCAGAAGUGGGCGCCGUCAGAGAGUCUCCGCCCUGGCCCCAGCUUCAGUGGACAGAGCUGGUGUGCAGACGUGGGGGGCAGAGGCCAGGCGCCUGGGCCCAGCAUUGCCAGUCUUGGCUCCAAUGGGCAGCUCCGCCUUCUCGACCCCCGGGACCUGAGCCGCCCUGUGAGCUCAGUCCAGUGCCCAGUUCCCACGCCUAGUCCUGACCCGGAGCUGCUGCGAGUGACUUGGGCCCCAGGUCUCCAUAACUGCCUGGCCAUUUCAGGCUUCGACGGGACGGUUCAGGUCCAUGACGUCACCUCCUGGGCUGCAGCAGGGAACCAAGUGGAGCCGCACUUCACGCACAGCGGCCACCUCUUCCUGGACGGAAACGGGGCGGGGUCUGCUCCGCUGGUCACCACCCACACCUGGCACCCCUGCAAGCCGAGGACCUUGCUGUCAGCAGCCAGCGACGCCUCUCUGCACGUGUGGGACUGGGUGGCGCCGGAGGCCUCCUGCUGACGCCGGCUUCUCAGCGGGGAGGAGGGGCUGUUGCAGUGGCUGCUGGUGCAGACUGGUGGCCGCAGGUCCCCCUGCCAGCCGGGUGGCCUCCGUGAGCCGUGAGGACAGUGAUAGCGGGAAGAGCUCACGAGUGCAAUGUGUCCUGUGAAGAAAACGACGCAGGGCCCAGAGGCAGCUGGGGGCGUUCUGGGAACGGCAGUGGAAACAAGUCACGCCGUUCCUGCCUGGUGAACAGCCGAUGCUACAACAGGACCACUUUGAGCCGUGGCUCCACGGGGCCGCAGGUCCAAAGGCGGCCUGGUUCCUGCCCGGCUGGGUAAGGCCCGUUGUUCAGCUGAACCGUGGUUUGCCUGUGUGUGUCCAGUUCCCUGUUGGAUGACAAUGAAAGUUUUCUUGGCUUUUGCUGUUAUAAAUAGUGCGAUGAAUAGCUUUCGCACCCGUGAGCAGGACGCCUGCCUGGCGAUUCCAAGAAUAGAGUAGACUCGUGCAUUUGCAGGCUGUGUAAGUACUGUCAAGGAGCUGCUUUCGGCCCCUGCCAACAGAGGUGGGGCCGCUGUCGUCUGCCUCCUCUCUGACAAAGUCUGUUUGCUGACGCUUUGACCUUGGCCGGUCUGAUCCGUGAAGUCAGCGUUUACAGCUUCAGGUUGAAGCUUCUUAUCUGCGAGGUUGAGACCCUGCACACUCUAACGCCUGGGGACAAUUGUUUCUGAAAUGGUAACAGCCACAAUAUGGGGAACUCGGCCCCGUGACCCGGCACCACCUGUGGCCCUGGAGUUCUGUCACCCUCUCUUGGCAGUCCACACCGCCACUGACACUGCCUCUCGGCCUUCCCCAGGGCGGGGUGCCCCACACCUGUCCCCACAGGAGCAUGGGCCCUGGGACAGUCCCUUAUCGGGGCCUGUAGCGAGCAGGAAAGUCUCAAGCGUGUCCCCAUUAAAUAAAAUUUCUCACUAGCAUUUACUGAA